AUGGACCAACCGUCGUGCUAUGACUUCAGCGGACAGUUCAACUCACCUGCGCCGUUCUUCUUUCCGUCGUCGUCUUGCCCCAACACAGUGAAUGCAUCAUCAAGUACCGAUCAACUGUUGGACUUCACUCAUGAUGCCACAAUUUGUUACGAAACUCAACAAGCAUCAGAUGUGGGGUUCCAGUAUGAUUACGAUGGUGGAAUGUUACGGCAAGCGCGUGUGAGAGAUAGGACUACAAGUACAAGCACGCAAUACCUGAACGAGGUGUAUACCGACGGUCCUAGCCAAGAGGUGGCGAUGGAGGCGCCCUUGGCAAGAACAUUUGGUACGAUGGUCAACGAAAAGGUGUUUGCCAGCGUACGAAACGCCGAAACGAGUAUGGAUGCGGCCGAGUUCGAUUUACUUCGAGAUAUCGAGACCCAGACGACGUUGAACGAUGUCGGACUGAUGACGGAUUUUUGGACCGAUAUGGGUCAUUCACCGUGA